AAAAGAGAAGUUAUCAAGUACGUACACUGCUGGUCUCUCCCGUUUCCAACCCGAGCGAAUUUUUUUAAGUUUUCGUGUGUGCUUCUCUGAACUUACAUCUUCUCUAGUAAUGCCAGUUAGCAGUUACGUACUAAAUUUCUUCCUGAAGUUUAAUCCUUCUCCUGUUCCACGGACAAAGGCAUAUGCGUUCAUGCAGUCCCCACCUUUUCCUCUCCAGCAUUUCAGCUCGUUAAUGGCGUUAACUGGAAAAGGGGAAAAUAGUAUGCCAUGGCGUUCUGUUGGUCCUUGUCAGAUAGCCAUGGAAGAGUUGACAAGGAAUCGUUCAGAGAAGAGAGACCGACACCGCACUGCUAUGCUCGCAUAGCACGGGCACGGAUUACAGAUCUUCAUCCCCACUGACGCAGCUUCUCUUCUCCUCCCUCUCUCUGUUCUCCCAAGCCAAAAACUCUCCUGUUCUGCCUGCUCUGUUCACUCCCACAUGCCCGGCGACCUGCGGGGAGCAGGAAAGAGGCGCUGAGUGGCUGCGCGCCGCGGGGAGUUCUUCCAGAUUGGGUUCACUACUUUUAGUAACUAUAAAAAACAUUAUAAACAUAUGUUCUAGUAUUAGCAACAGAAUUCACUACAUAUUAUCUAAGAAUUCUUAGACUUAAAAUAGAUGGUAGGAUCUCUUAGCAACAGAUUUCACCAGUUAUGAUCUAAGAAUUCUUAAACUUACAUUUAUGAUUACUACUUUAGUAACUAUAGAAAAACAUUAUAAACAUAUGUUCUAUUUUCAUUCCAACAAAUUCAUGGUCCUUGCCUCCUUGGAUAGUAGUACCUGGACCCUCCUCAAGCCAAGUAGUAGUUGUGAAAACCUGCGCUCAGCUCCACUCUCCAGGGCCUUUCGUUCAUUAAAUUCCUAGCCCGAAAGUCCUUGCUGGUCUGCUAUCUCAAAUCCCAGAGUAUAACAGAGAAAACAUCGUGAAAUGGACAUAAUAUAAUGGCCACCAGCGACCCCCAUGCAAAUCUAUGGUGUUGAAGUUCACACGUAACGCUGGUCUCAGGUACCUGCAUAUGAGUGACAAUCAACCAGAAGAAAUGUGGCCCACAGUGUCACUGUAAGCAGUUAAACAUUGCAGAAAAUUCAACAGCCAGGACACCAACUGUUGGAUUACAUAUACUAUAUCAUUUUGCAUACUAAUGGACCAAGAAGAACAAGACCAUAUAUGUCCAUGGUAAAGUAUCCAAUGGACACACUUCAGUUCUCCUGCAUCCAAAUAGCCAUAGCCUUGCUCUUGUUCACUCAAGCCAAGAGCACCACAGAGGACACACCUGCGGUGCAUCUGAAUGACGCGAUCCCCAGCUGUGUUGCUAGUGAGAGGUCCGCCCUUCUUGCCUUCAGGGCAGGUCUAUCAGACCCUGCCAACCUCCUUUCAUCAUGGAAGGGUGACGACUGCUGCUGGUGGAAGGGCGUCUAUUGCAGCAACACAACCGGCCAUGUUGUCGAGCUGGAUCUCCAAGGCACUUAUUGCAAAACUGCAGAUUGGAGUACGCCGGUGCUAGCGGGCAACAUAAGCUCCUCGUUGCUUGGUUUAAAACAUAUACAGUAUCUCGAUCUCAGCUGCAACAGAUUCGACAAGAUACAGAUACCAGACUUCAUCGGUUCUCUCGAUAAGUUGAGAUAUCUCGACCUAUCAGACUCAAUGUUCAUUGGGAAGAUACCACCACAGCUUGGUAACCUCUCCAACUUACAAUACUUAUUUCUUGCGUCCUCACGCUGGAAUGUUGGUUAUUAUUCUUUCUAUAAUGGCACAUACUCCACAGAUAUCACCUGGUUGUCACAGUUAACUAUCCUGGAGUACCUGGAUAUGACCUUGGUGAACCUCAGUACAAUUAUUCACUGGCUUCCGGUGGUGAACAUGCUUCCUACUCUGAAAUUUCUUCGUCUUUUCGCUUGCCAACUUAGAACCUGCCCUGAUUCUCUUCAGCUCUCAAAUCUGACAUCUAUUGAAACACUCGACCUUUCGGAAAACGACUUCCAUAAGCGUAGCAGGCCCAACUGGUUCUGGGAUUUAACUAGCCUCAAGUAUCUAGAUAUCUCGGAAAAUGGUUUCUAUGGCCCGUUUCCAGACGAGAUAGGUAAUAUGACCGCCAUUGUGGAGCUUGAUUUCAUAGAGAAUAACCUUGUGGGCAUGAUACCUUCCAGUAUGAAGAACCUAUGUAAUUUGGAGAAACUGUCUUCUGCUGGCAACAAUAUGAACGGGAGUAUAACAAAAUUAUUCCAUCGAUUACCCAAUUGUUCAUGGAAUAAACUACAAGGUUUGUUUCUAGGGGAGAGUAAUCUAACUGGAAGCCUGCCAUCUGCACCGGUACAAAGAUUAAGCAACCUGAGCCAGCUGUAUCUCGCUCACAACAGCCUCACUGGUCACGUGCCACUGUGGAUAGGAGAGCUCACAAAACUAAAAAGUUUGGUCCUUAUCUCCAACAACCUGGAUGGCGUCAUCCAUGAAGGCCAUUUAUCACGUCUUGAGAAUUUAAAGGAACUUGUAUUGUCAGACAAUUCCAUAGCCAUCAGAGUGAGUCCAAAAUGGGUUCCUCCUUUUAGUCUGGAAUAUAUUCACCUUCGUUCCUGUCAGCUAGGGCCCAAGUUUCCAACGUGGCUUAGAUGGCAAACACAUGCAAGUAGUCUUGAUAUAUCAAACACAAGCAUAAGUGACAUGAUACCGGAUUGGUUUUGGAUAUCAGCUUCCUCAGUAAAGUUUCUGAAUAUCCAAAAUAAUCAGAUCACAGGAGCCCUACCAUCAACAAUGGAAUUUAUAUCCGGAAAAGAAAUGGAUUUCAGUUCUAACCAGCUUGGUGGUCCAAUACCUAAGCUUCCCAUCAAUAUAACCGGCCUAGAUCUCAGUCAAAACAAUUUAGUUGGCCCACUACCAUUAGACUUUGGAGCACCAAGACUUGAAACACUUCUUCUAUAUAACAAUAUGAUCUCCGGCGCCAUUCCAUCUUCUUUUUGCAAGUUGCGAUCAUUGCAGUUGUUAGAUCUAUCAGGAAAUAAUCUCAAUGGGUCAAUUACUAAUUGCCUAGUCAAUGAGUCCAACACAAACAUGACAGGUCUGAGUAUCACUAAUCUAAGCUUAAGAAACAACAACCUCUCAGGUGCAUUUCCUUUGCUGCUGCAGAAAUGUACACGACUCAUCUUUCUUGAUCUCAGCAAUAAUCAGUUCUCUGGGACUUUACCAGCAUGGAUUGGGGAGAAGCUAUUGUCUUUGUCAUUCUUACGGUUGAGAUCCAAUAUGUUUUAUGGUCACAUUCCAGUUGAGCUUACAAAGCUUGUUACUCUGCAAUAUUUGGACCUUGCAUACAACAAUAUAUCAGGGAGCAUACCGAGAUCUAUUAGUAAUUGCACAGGCAUGGCACAAACAAGAGGCAACUCUGAUAAUCUUCGGUAUGCCUUCAAUUAUAUAUCUGGGGUUAAUGACAAUGUACUAGUUGUCUACAGUGAGAAUUUCACAGUACUCACGAAAGGUCAAGAGAGACUAUAUACAGGAGAAAUCAUAUAUAUGGUGAAUCUUGAUUUAUCUUGUAAUAGUAUUACCGGAGAGAUCCCUGCAGAAAUUGGCGCUCUUGUAGCAUUGAAGAACCUGAACUUAUCAUGGAACAACUUCAUCAGAAAAAUCCCUGGGAAUAUUGGCGCCUUAAUUCAAGUGGAGUCACUUGACCUAUCACACAAUGAUUUGUCUGGUGAAAUCCCUUCGAACUUAUCAGCUCUCACGUCACUGAGUCGCUUGAACCUAUCCUACAACAAUCUGAGAGGAAAGAUACCAACAGGAAAUCAACUGCAAACACUCGAAGACCCAGAAUCUAUUUAUAUCGGCAACCCGGGCCUUUGUGGCCCUCCACUAUCGUGGAAUUGUCCAGAGCCUGAGCUAGUUCCAUCUACUCGAGACCGAGAGCACCAGGAAGAUGGAAGCAGUGACAUGGUUUUGCUUUUGUUUGUCAUAGGUUCUGGAUAUGUGAUGGGUCUAUGGGUGGUCUUCUGCACCUUCUUGUUCAAGAGAAGAUGGAGUGCUGCUUGGUACUUGCUCUGUGAUAGCCUGUAUGACCGGGUUUAUCUGCAAGUGGCUGUUACCUGGGCUUCCUUGAGAGGUAAAAUUAAUGGAUAGAAGCUGAGAUGAGAUGAUCAUCAACUGGUUAUUGGUUUGCUCUCAUGUAAUGCUUUUGAGAUUUAUCAUGAAUGUAUCAAUCAAUGUUUAGGUAUUGUACUAGAACUAGUCAGUAUAUGUAUUCAAGGCGCAUUCCAUCGACUGAGAUUGGUAUGCUGUUUUCCGUAUUGUACUAGAACCAGCAUUGGUUCUUUGUUUGAUCUAGACAUGUAAUUUGAUAUACUCUGGAGAUUUAUCAUGAAUGUAUCAAUCGAUA